CAGUGCAGCAUGUCGUCCAGUGAGAGAAAGUGUAGUGGAUAGAUUCAGAAUUUUGACAGAUUCUGUUAGGAAAGAGGUAAAAAUAGAAUGAGAUAAAAACUCGUACGUGAACUAAAACUUACUUUGGGAUCAGUAUGACCGUUGGAAAACAAAGAGCUAGGAGAAACGCACGCAGGACUCCGUGGUAGAUCUAGGAUUUCCGAAGGGGGAUUAAAAAACAAAGUACACAGCCAUUUUGGGUGUCAAAUAUGGAGUUUUACUCACAAAUUUGUGGUGAAAAAAGGGAGGGGGUCCUGGCUCUCUCUAACUCUGCCAUUUGGACUAGCGAAGACACUGCUUUAAAAAUGCUUGAAUACUGUAUCCUCGCUGCUCUCGAGUGAACGUUUCUGGGAUCAAGCUCUGAAAUCCUUUUAUCCCUUCGUCAUCUCAGUGGAAGUCAUGACGUCAUGAAAAAAGUACAAACUUUGAGUACAAGUAGCAUCUUUAUGUUAGACGAUUUGUUGCCAGGGUGCUGUUCAAAGUUAACGACGACAAAGGACAAUUUGUAAAGUUUCCUCCAAAACUCUAGCUCAGAAUCAUUAUAUCGCAGAUCCCUGUCUGAUCUGUACCGUUCGUCGUGUUUUUGUCAGAUUCAAUAAGCUAACCCAAACGAACAUUUGUAUGAACCAGGUGGUGUGAAUGUUAUCUCUCACGAUAUGACAAAAAAUGCCAAACUUUUGUACAUGUACAAUACGUUUUUCUAUUUGUGAGUUGAUACUAAAUACACUCAUUAUUGUAAAUUUUCUGCAGAUGGCGCUGGGUAACAGCUUUAUUUCCGUUUGUCGGAUGUACACACUGCAGAAAAUAAAGCUUGUGUCCAAAAUAGGACAGUAUGUCAACAUUUACUGCGAAUUAUAGUCGCUGAUUGUGGUGUUAUGUUUUAACAUAAGAUGUGUGCUCUCGAAAAUAGCACCUUUGUCUCCUCUCAAUGCGAAAGCACGAUCGCGCUGUAUUACCAGGUUUGUACUAUAACACCAACGGAUGGAUAAUGCUGCCCCCGUGUGUUUACGGUAUUGAGUAUAUAUACAAUGUAACAACUGCUCUCUUCUGUCACAGACUCCUAGAGAUGUAUUUCCGUGAAGAAUCCGUAGUUCUGUGGGAUCCAGUUCUCAAUUCAAGUCACUACCGGUUUGUGUCAAAUAGCGCUAAUAGGGCUUUUCCCACAGGUUACUCCCUUGUGCCUGAAAUUGACAAUGCAACGAAUGUCGCAAUGGUCUGUACUGGGUUGACGGCAGACGACUGUCAGCGUUGGGUGUCGUGUUCCAGAGCAGCCAGAGAUUGCUGCGAAAGACAAAAGGCAGCCAACACUUCGGGAUCCGAUACAGAAUUCCAAUGCAGCAUCACCUGGGACGGGAUAUCGUGCUUUGACGCCAUUCCUAAUGGAACCAUAUUAGACUUACCCUGUCCAUCUUACUACAUUCCGAGCGGUGAAUCAGAGAGAUUCUCGAUAGAAUGCUUACCAAAUGGAGAAUGGAAAGAACACGUCGUUGAAAAUGGUACACUGAGCGCUUAUACUGUUUGCAAAAAAGAGAAAGCGGUAAUUGGAAAGGAAUCCCUGGAGUUGGAGAUCUUGGUUACUCUGAUAACAAAUCUCAUAAGUCUGGCAUUUACAUUGCCAUCCCUAGCAAUCCUGACAUUUUGCAAGUUUUCCGGAAACACCGAGUCCCCGGGAGGAACCCGCCGGAUGUUUCGCAUUCAUCAGCAUUUUCUAAUCUCCCUGAUACUUGUAAGCUUUGUAACUUUGCUUUGGGACGAAGUAAUUGCCAAAGAACACAUUACAAAACUGCACAAAGAACCCAGCCAAAUAGAUCUGAAUUCGCCAUUGUGCAAGGCAAUACAUAUUGCACAGAGAUAUUUAAGAUCUACCACAUAUUUCUGGAUGUUUGUUGAAGGACUUAGCAUUCUCCUGCCGCUCCUCCCCAGUUUUAAGAAAGAAAUAAGUCUACUGUGGCUAUAUUUCAUAGGAUGGGGAAUUCCACUCAUUCCGACGGUGGUAUAUGCUUCUUUGAGGACAUCUAUCAAUCGCUACGAUUACAAGUGCUGGAUUUACUCAGUCCUAGAAUUAGAAUUCAUAGUAAUUGGACCAAAUGUAAUACCUGUAUUGUGUAACAUGGUUUUCCUGAUAAUGAUAGAAGUAGCAAUUGUAACGAAAAGCAGGAAUAUGAGGACACCCCAUGCAUCUCACCCUGUUCUACCAAAACCCCUUCGUUCCCUGAUAUUCCUUGUUCCGUUGUUUGGCUCACACUUCGUGUUAGCCUGGGUACUCCAUGUAUUUGAGGGAACAUGGUCCUUCGUAGUAUACAGGGUAGUGGAAGGAUUGCAGGGUGCCCUUGUAUCUAUUCUGUGGGUGUUUUGCAGCAAACAGGUCCGGGACUUCUGUAAAAGAGCCAUGGAACGGAGAUGUCCUCAUAUAUACGCUCGGUUUAGAGGGCGCAAGUUCAGCACUUCCUCUCACACUCACCUGACCCAAAUAAUACAUCCUGCACAUGCAACAUCCAUUGUUUAUAACGUCACUUCACAACGUACUGAGGUGCAAAGACUUUCACCUGAGGACACAUGCCAUAUUUCGAAUACUAAAAUGUGCAUUUCCGAUCUUUAACUGAAAACAAUGUUAAGUGUGAUUUAUCGAAAGGAAGCUUAUUUGUAGUUGGUUGGUAGGUUGUAUAUUGUUUAAAGUCCCACCUAAGAAUCUUUUCAUUCAGUGAAUAGCUGAAAAUUUUAAAUCUAUGCUCGGCUCGCACGGCCUUUAAGCAGGGAUGCAUUUUUGUCGUGCCACGCCUGCUGUGAUACGAACCUCAGUUUUUGCGGCAUCAUCCGAUGGAACCCCCCCCCCCCCCAUUCAGUCGCCUUGUACGACAAGCAAGGGGUCUCGAGGACCUAUUUUAACCCGGAUUAUCACGGGACCUUACCGAUAGUUAAAUUAUACAAAUUGUAAGCACCUACAUUCAACAUUUGUUUGUUUGUUGUUGUUUUUUUGUUUUUUUUACAUCAAAGUAUGUAUAAUGUAUAUUACUUAUUUUGACUACGGACUACUACGUUUACCUAAUCGAGAUACAGAACUCAUGUCAGGUGCGACUGGUCAACAGGUGAUGAUUGCCCCUUCUGUGGGACCUUAUCCCGCCGCUCGUAUGUCCAGGAAUCCAUCUUUGUUUGCACGUAAUAUUGAGAUUGAUCGUUCGUUGUUUUCACCUUUGUAAUACAUCGUACACAUCACCUACAUGUAAAAUACAUCGCACUAUGGAGUCCGAAGAUAGCAAAAAUAUUGAAGUGCAGGAAAUAUGUUUUUAAUAAUAAAAGAAAAGUCUAAAAAUUGGUAUGAAUCACGUCAGACAACUUUCGAUUAAAUGAUAAGUGGUAUUUGUAAAUUAUAUCGUUUAAGUGACCAUGGAGUUUUCGAACCCCUGUAACAUCAACUUAUUUGGCAGUAGCCCUGCCUGAUUUAAAAACUGAUCAUACGCAAAGCUUUCUUGUGUGUAUCGUAUUAGUUUACAAACAGAAUGACUUCAGCUAUUCCAGCAUCAACUUCCCAUAUUUAUGUAGGAAUACCUGUAUUCCACUAUAUUUUGCAUAUGGUGAUUAUAUCUCUCAGCUGAUUCAAUACGCAGUUUUUAAAUCGAAACAGGCUACUGAUCAAUAAGAUGAUGUUACAGGGGGUUUAACAGUCUCGUUUAAAGUCAGCAUUUCGCAACUUCUUUGGGUACUAUAACGAUAUAACCUGUUCUUAGGCCAAAUGCUGCCCGACGUGUUUCAUACCAAUUGUUAGACCAUUCUUUGCACAUUGAAUUUAACUCCAUUUUCUCGAUCGAGAUACAAGGCUCAAGGCGUGUGUGAUCGGUCGCAAGGGAAUGCUUACUCUUCCCACACUACUGGUAUGCGCAGGGGUCUGUUCGUUAACUUCAACUUUUUAUUAGGUUAUUAUGUAACGCGGGUUACAAGUGCUGCAAAGUUAGGGGCAAUACGCCUUGGUUAUGUUAUAGGUUGUUUUUGUCCAAGACAAUAUGCGAAAUUCUGACUUUGACAGAGACUGUUGAAACUCCUGUACAUGUACAUGUAGCAUCAGGUUAUUUGCCAGUAACCUGCAUCGUUUCUAAAAUUGAUCAUACGCCGACCAUGAUCUCGGGUGUCGAAUCAGUAGAAAAACUGAAAUACCAUAUGCAGAUGAUAAUGGAAUAUUGCUACUUUUAAUAUGAUGUAAAACUUAUACGGUACCAAUUUUGAUGCACCAGAUGCGCUUUUCGACAAAUCAUGUCUCUUCGGUGAUGCUCAACCGAAAUGAUUGGAAUCCGAAAUAACAAUGAUGUUUUAGAGCUAUUAUAGCCAAAAACAGUGUGCCAAAAGAAGUGGAGUCAAAUUCGUCUAAGGACAAGAGCUAUGCGUGAGGGAGAUAAUCCUUAAUUUUUAAGUGAAUUUCUAAAUUUUAUCACGGCAAUUAAAUAUACAUCCGUAUUUUCAAGCUAGUAACGAAGUACUUAGCUACUGGGCUGUAGAGACCCUCGGGGACUAACAGUCCACCAGCAGAGGCCUCGACCCAGGGGUCGUAAUGUAAAACUUAUAUGGUACCAAUUUUAAUGCACCAGAUUUCAUUCGAAAUGCAAUCAAUAUUCUUACUUGAUUAUUUUAUCCGAGUUGUGGAAAUUUCAUAACAAAUGGCCCCCUGUCAAUAUGAACUGUCAUGAAGUUUCAAUAUUGAAUUAAUCAGGAAAUAGUUUUGGAGAGGUUUGUCAAAAUAUAUUAUUAUACUUUCAUGUAAAAUACUCGAACCUGAUUGGUCGAGAAGCAUUUGAAAAAACAUAUUGUUACCCUCUGAGAACAGAAAACACGCGCCCCAGGGUGAUAGUAUCUAGCAACGGGUAACAGUACUUGACAACGGGUGAUAUUAUAAAAAAUUAUCACAUGCGUCAAAUUUAUGCGCGUACGGUUCGCCGUAGAUUGCUAGACGACGUCGUUUGAGCGUUUGUAAUAAACGAGAGUACCCGCAUCGAAAUACGAAAUAUCGCAUGACAGUGAUUGAUCAAAUGUCAACAGACGUAAAUUUUUCUGCUUUCCAGUUUACAUAACAUUCAGUAUAAUAAAACAAAUAUUGCAUGUAGUUGAGGGUAACAUUGAAAUUUUCACCCCUCGAGAAACCAUUGUCAACCUCGGCUACGCCUCGGUUGACAAUGGUUUUCUCGGGUUGAAAAUUGUCAAUGUUACCCUCAACUACAUGCAAUAUUUAUAUACUAGCGGAAAAAAGAAACUGGAUUAUAAAAUUUAGUAUAUUUUUUCUAUAUUUAUUGUUUAUAUUUAUAAAAUCUAAACAAUUGAUAAAAGUGAUGUUUUUGAACAAUACCGGAUAGUACCCGACUCAGAUGCACGGAUUUUUUCAUGGUUAGUGAACACAUGCUGUUUAUUGAAGUGUUCAUACGCACGAGUUUUAUUGGCCAAUACUGUUUGGAGUAAGAAGUGUAAAAGGUUUGUUUGGACACUAUUCGUUAAGGAAAGCACUUUAGUUUUGACAAAAUUUACCCUUCUGUCAUGCCACAACUCGGCGAAAACCAACGUAAUCGUGCUGUUGGGAUGCUUCAAGCUGGAAUGGCACAAAAUAUCGUAGCAAGACAAUUUGGAGUUCAUCGCAACACCACCCAGUCAUUAUGGAGACGUUUCCAACAAUCUUGGUAAUACUCGGGAUCAACCACGUUCUGGGCGUCCUCGUGUGACGUCGAGUCGACAGGACAACCACAUUAGACUUGUGCAACUGAGAAAUCGUUUCCAGACAGCAAGUUUAACUGCUCGUAACAUUCCUGGACUUCGACCAAUCAGUCCAAGAACUGUGCGUAAUCGUCUUCGCGAGCACAACAUCAGACCAAGACGUACAACGAGGUGCCCAAUACUGCUUCAACACCAUCGUAUCGCUAGACUAGCGUGGUGCAGACGACAUCUGCGAUUCAGAAUACAGGACUGGGCCAAUAUUCUGUUCACUGAAGAAUCUAGAUUUCAUUUGGAUAACAGUGACGGUCGUUGUAGAGUGUAUCGUCACGUUGGGGAGUGGUACUAGGACGCGUGUGGUGUGCAACGUCGACAAUUCGGUGGAGGUAGCGUUAUGGUGUGGGGUGAAAUAACAGUACGUGGAAGGACCCCUAUACAAAUUGUCAAUAGAAUCUCACCGGCGUACGCUAUCGAGACGAAAUUAUUCAGCGCCAUGUGAUACCCUUCAUACAGAGACAGUAAUUUCACAUCACUCUGCAGCAAGACAACGCAAGGCCACAUGUUGCACGUGUAGUCAGAGACUUUUUUUGUUCAACAGAAUGUCGAUAUCUUGCCUUGGCCAGCUGUUUCCCCCGAUUUAUCGCCGAUCGAGCACGUCUGGGAUGAAAUGGAACGACUUCUACGCCGUUUACUAAAUCAGCCAAUGACAUUGGCUGAUUUAGGCUGGGCAUUAACCAACAUCUGGAACAACAUUCCUCAAGCAUUUCUGAACACUUUAGUGGCAUCAAUGAGGCGCCGUUGUCAAGCAUGCGUGAAUACAAAUGGUGGUCACACGUGUUAUUAACUUUGUUAAUUCAAGUUCGAAUACCAGUGUCUUUCGUGUGUGCUGAAAUUUAAGUUAUUCGACGUUAACAUUAAUGGAUUAUGAAAUGUUGUAACGAAUAUAUUUGUUAGCAGAAUUACAAAAAAUAAAAUUUGUUCAUUGUUA